AUGCGACCGUCGACGGCCGUCGGGACGGCGGUGCGAGCGUGGUGGUUGUCGGCGGUGGUGGUGCACGUCGCCGUCGCCGGUAAUCCGGACGCGAAGCGUCUCUACGACGAUCUGCUGUCGAACUACAACAAGCUAGUGAGGCCCGUCGUCAAUACGUCGGACGUGCUCAGGGUGUGCAUCAAGUUGAAACUGAGCCAGCUCAUCGACGUGAAUUUGAAAAACCAAAUAAUGACGACGAACUUGUGGGUGGAACAGUCCUGGUACGAUUACAAAUUGCGAUGGGAACCGAAAGAAUACGGGGGAGUUCACAUGUUACACGUCCCGUCCGAUCACAUAUGGCGGCCUGACAUUGUCUUAUACAACAACGCCGACGGCAAUUUCGAAGUGACCUUAGCCACCAAGGCCACCAUCUAUCAUCAAGGCCUCGUCGAAUGGAAGCCGCCGGCCAUAUACAAGAGCUCCUGCGAAAUCGACGUCGAAUAUUUCCCGUUCGACGAACAGACGUGCGUUUUAAAGUUCGGUAGUUGGACGUACGACGGAUUCAUGGUGGAUUUGAGGCACAUGGACGAAAAGACCGGCAGCAACGUCGUCGACGUCGGCGUCGAUUUGUCCGAGUUCUACAUGAGCGUCGAAUGGGACAUAUUGGAAGUACCGGCAGUUAGGAACGAAAAAUUCUACACUUGUUGCGACGAACCAUAUCUGGACAUAACGUUCAACAUAACGAUGAGAAGGAAAACGCUCUUCUACACCGUCAACAUCAUCAUACCCUGCAUGGGGAUCUCCUUCCUGACGGUGCUCACCUUUUAUCUGCCAUCGGACAGCGGCGAAAAGGUGACCCUAUCGAUAUCCAUCUUGAUCAGUCUCCACGUGUUCUUUCUUCUAGUAGUCGAAAUCAUACCGCCCACUUCGCUGGUCGUACCGUUGCUGGGCAAAUACCUGAUAUUCGCCAUGAUACUCGUCUCUAUCAGCAUUUGCGUGACCGUCGUCGUGUUGAACGUCCAUUUUAGAUCGCCCCAAACGCACCGGAUGUCGCCCUGGGUGAAGCGGGUCUUCAUACAUAUUUUACCGAGACUGCUGGUCAUGAAGCGGCCCACCUACGUUUUCGAAACGCAAAGCAAAUUUCUAUCGAAUCGUUUCGUAUCGAGAGGCAGGCAAUAUUCCACGUGCAUGUACCCGUACAGAACGACCGUACAUCGAGACGACGGCAGCCCGAAGAGGCGGUAUCUAUCAAGCCGAACGUCCAGCAGGGAGAAUUUAUCGCCGAGAUUAUCGGACGGCGGCGGCCCGUUCGGUGGCAGUUGCCAGAUACACGGACCGCUCGCCGGCGCUCUGCCCCUCGCCGAGACCGACGAAUUGGACGCCGAUACGGACGUCAAGAGCCCCGUGCUGUGCAAUCCGGCCUAUUCGCACAGCAAAUGCCCGCCGGAGGUGCACAAGUCGUGCUUUUGCGUGCGCUUCAUCGCCGAGCACACCAAAAUGCUCGAGGAUUCGACGAAAGUGAAAGAAGAUUGGAAAUACGUAGCGAUGGUGUUGGACCGGCUGUUUUUGUGGAUAUUCACGUUGGCCGUGCUGGUGGGGACGGCCGGUAUAAUUUUGCAAGCGCCUACUUUGUACGACGAUCGAAUUCCGAUCGAUAAGAAGUUUUCGGAAUUCGCGACGACGACGGUGGUCAGGUGUCCGCCGCCGUCGGCUUGA